AUGACUUAUCCCGACCAGCGAACCGAGGACGAAUGGCGCGCCAUUCUCAACCCAACACAAUUCCGAAUUCUCAGAGAAAAGGGAACUGAAGCCCCUGGUACUGGAGAGUUUGACAAGCACUACCCCAAGGAGGGUGUCUACACCUGCGCUGCAUGCGAUGCGCCGCUCUACAAGGCCACUCACAAAUUCAACUCGGGCUGCGGCUGGCCAGCCUAUUUCGACAGCGUGCCUGGCGCAGUGACUCGACACGAGGACCGAAGCUUUGGUUCUAUCAGGACGGAAAUCGUCUGCUCCAACUGCGGCGGUCACUUGGGCCAUGUUUUCAAGGGAGAGGGAUUCUCGACGCCGACGGAUGAGCGCCAUUGCGUGAACAGCAUCAGCUUGAAGUUUUCACCGGAAGAUAAGGUGGUUGAGAAGAGCAAGGAGGAUACCCAGGCAUAA